AUGGUACUGGUCGAACCAAAAAAUUUUUUCAGUGGGCAAAUCAAGGGCAAACUGCGCCAUCUAAGGGAAAUUUCUAUAUCAGAGAAAGAACUCAAUUCUUUCGCCAUUAGGGCGAACCACAGUAGCAGCUUAGGCAGGUAUAUCACCCUGCUUCAUAUCGAAAACACUGGGCUGGAUACUGCUGCAAAAAAAGUUGCAUUUAAAAGCCAAGGAGCCAGAACCAAAAACAGCGGCUUUCGGUCGCUUUGAGACUGCUGACUAUAG